AUAAUCCAUUUUCUGGUCUAGAGGUCUAGAGGACGGAAGAACAAUGGCUGCGGGGAGUGUUCCUUCUGAGCUCAUAGAAAGAGAACGGAAAAAGUUACUUGAAAUCCUCCAACAAGAUCCUGAUUCUGUCUUAGACACAUUAACCUCUCGGAGGCUGGUUUCUGAGGAAGAGUAUGAGACUCUGGAGAAUAUUACAGAUCCCCUGAAGAAAAGUCGAAAGCUGUUAAUUUUGGUACAGAAAAAGGGAGAGGUGUGCUGUCAGCAUUUUCUCAAGUGUUUACUUAGUACUUUUCCAGAGUCAGCUACCAUUUGGGGCCUAGAGCAUGUAUUUUUAAAGCAUGAGAAUAUACAACCUCUUCAACCUAUAGGGGUAAACAAGAAUUCAGAAGAUUUUUUUUCCUCUGGAGAGAAACAGCCUGAGAAUCCUGAGAUCACAGUAUCCUUCACAGAGAAAGAACACCUGGAUAUGGGAAUCUCUGAAUCCUUUGGGGAGAAGAAAACUAGUCAUAAAGAAACUGCUUGGACCUCUAGCGAAGAUGAGAAGGAAUACAACACGCCCAAAGUCAUAUCACCACAUUCACUUGAGAACCCCGAAUAUGAAAUUCCAGCAACUAUUGUUUAUUUACAGGAUGGACAGAGAUAUGAGAAGCCAGAUGAUUCUUUGUACUUAGGAAGAGAGGGAUAUCUAGAAUCCCUUGGAUACUCGGAAGAUGCAGAGCCCGCUGAGGAAGAAGAGGUUUAUAAUGACUCAGAGCACAGUGUUUAUGAUGGCGAAGACGGCUGGACAUAUUCAGAAACCCUGCACUUCUCUGAGGAAGAACAGAGCUAUGAGGAUUCAGAAACUGGCAUUUCGUUGGAGGAGGAUGAGGAGGAAGAGAAGGGAGAGGAGAAGGAGGAGGAGGAGGAGAAAAGGAGUGAAGAAAGAAAAAACGUGUUUCAAGAUGUCCUAUCAUGUUUAAACAUGGAUAGGAGCAGAAAGCUUCUGCCGGAUGUUGUUAAGCAAUUCUCCUUAGAUCGAGGAUGUAUGUGGACACCUGAGACUCCUGGAGACUUAGCUUGGAAUUUCCUGAUGAAAGUUCAAGCUCUGGAUGUGACAGCCAGAGAUACCGUCCUCAGACACAGGGUUCUGGGUGAAGAUGGCAAAGAGGAAUUGGUGACUGGAGUAGAGAAUUUGGAAAUCAGAGACGUACAAACCAUUCAUCCCUUUGAUGUUCUUUGUGCCUCUAUGCUCUGUUCAGACAGCUCCUUGCAGCGUGAAGUCAUGUCAAACAUGUAUCAGUGCGGCUUUGCUCUUCCCCUGCUCCUGCCAGAUGCAGAAAACAAUAAAAGCAUCUUAAUGCUAGGGGCCAUGAAGGACAUUGUGAAAAAGUGGUCAACACAGUCUUCAGGAGGGCCUCCAGGGGACACAGAAAAGUUUCCGAAGAUGCCUGUCAUCUCCUUUGUGCGCCUAGGGUACUGUAGCUUCUCCAAGUCCAGAAUCCUCAACAGACUGCUUGGUCCUGCCCAACUGAAAUCACACAAAAUCUUUCUCCAUCAGGAUUUUACUGUCCCAGUGCUUCCCCGGCAAAUCUCUGAUGGCCUGGUUGAGAUAACGUGGCAUUUUCCUGAGCGAGACUGUCUAAAGGAAAAUCCUAGUUUUUUCCAGAAGCCUGUUGCUCUGGCCAACCUCCAUGGAGACCUAGAAAAUUUUUGGACACAGUUUGGUUUUUUGGUGGAAAUUUCCGCGGCUGUUUUUUUUUUCACUGACUACCUAGGUGAGAAGGAGUGGGACUUGCUAAUGUUUUUAGGAGAAGCUGCCACUGAGAGAUUGUACUUUGUCCUCAGUCCCCAGGCCCAGGAGAGUGAAGAGGCUCAGCUUUUCCAGAGGAUUCUAAAGUUGAAGCCAUCACAGCUACUGUUUUGGGAGGAGGAGGAAGCUGGGGAGAGAGGGAAGAAUAUGGAGGGUCUUCAGGCCGCUCUGCAGGAAGUGAUGUCCUCUUCACUCAGAUGUGUGACCAUGGAGGAGAUGGGCUCCCUGGCCAGGGAGUUGGGAAUCCAGGUAGAUCAAGACUUUGAGAACGUUCAGGGAAUUCACAGUUCCUCUAGUGAAAACCUGGCUGAAGAUGAGAGACAACAAAGACACAGUCAGCCAGAAAGCUCAUCUGAAAGCACAGCUGAGAUGCCUGUAAGCGAGCCUGGGGCUAGCUGGAAUUUUCAGAAUUUCCACCCCACCCCAGUACUCAUGCCUCCUCAGGAAAACUCUUAUCCUCUACCAACCAGAAUUGGAGGUAACUUUAACCAUGUGUCUCUGAAAGCCCCCUGGGUUAUGGGCUCCCACUUUUGGUCAGAGCAGAAGACCAGGUGGUUCCAUCCCUGGCCCUUUCAGAAAACAAGGGCCCAUGGUCGAAGUAAAAGUUUUAGGUCUCAGUACUUCCCACCCCAAAGAUUUUAUUCACCUGAAAGAUUUAUAAAAUUUCCAAGAGCUUCUUGGGGAUAUUGCAUGGAUAAAACAAGACCUGUGUCUCAGCAUGUACAGGCCUGGCCUAAGAGACCACAGGAGGACAGAACAAUGGGAGCUUUUAAAAGAUCUGGGGCAGUGGUCUCCCACAUAGGUCACUUCCAUUCCCUGGGUUUGCAGCCAGCAGGAACAGUUGGGAAGCCACAGCCUAAACAAGCCUAUGCCCAGAGAACACAGCCAACUAGGGCAACUGGGAAUCUUAUAAAAACAACAUCCCAUAUUGAAGGUCUUUACCCCCAGGCCUUUCAACCAGCUAGAGCCAUACAAAAACCUGUAAGACCUGCUUUUCAGCAAGGAGCCAAACUGAAGGCACAGGAUGGGCCUUCAAAUCCAACUUUCCAAAUGGGAUCCUAUCCCAGGUCCAACAGCAAAUGUUCACCCAGCUCCCAGUUCACAUCCAACCAGCCCAAGCCACUUCAGGUCAACCAAUCCCAGCCUGUGCCCUCUCCACCCAAACCCACGCACACAAAACCCACUCAACCCCGCCCAUCCCAGACUAAACCCUUUCCAGCCAUCCCCACUCAACCCUGGCCCUCCCAAGCUAAACCCUCUCCACCUAAACCCACUCAGCCCAAGCCAUGCCCAUCCCAGGCCUCCCAAUCCAAGCCUUCUCAGCCCAGGCCCACUCAACCCAAGUCAUGUAGGACCAGUCCUUCACAGGCUAAGACAAACAAUCCAAGAGCAGCACCCAAGAGGGGAGGAAAACGUUAAAGUGCUUACUCUAGAGACCUGUGAAACAAAUCCUUCACCCAGGCCAUUGCUAUCAUACGGUAACCUGAAGAAGAAUGGCAGAGGUGGUCAGAGAUUCCUAUCAUUAACAUGACAGAAAGAAAAAAAAAAUAUGCAUAGCUUAACUGGUAUCAUUAAAAUAUCUGUAAGAAUUGUGUCUACCAAAAGAAAAAAUAUGAAAAGAAUUAAGAAUAGAAUCAGGGGGUAAAUAAAUUAACUGAACCCAGCCUUGAGUAUUAGGUAAUAUAUAACCUGAUUGCCAGGAAAGGUGCUGUUGAGACGACUCCAUUAAAUAAGGCUCAGGCAGCUCAGUGUUACAAGAAAAACUGUUCUCGAUGUUUGCUGCUCCAGAGGUGUCUUGGUCAAAACUUUUUGGUUCACUUAUCAGCCACUAAGCAGAUAAUCUAUUUACCUGUAAUAACAGCUCCAGUUUGCUCGGAUGUUAUAAUUCUCUCAUUUUACCCUUACAUACAGGAAUAAUGAGCUGAAAACCAAUGAGAUGAAUUGUUUUGCAUUUACUUGGGUAUGAUUUGUGUAUGUUUUAUAUUUAAAGUAUUUGUAGGGACGCCCAUGUGGCUAAGUUGUUAAGUGGCUGCCUUUGGCUCAGGGCUCCAUCCCAGGA